AAUAUUGAUGCAAAUAAAAUAAUAAUAAUUUAUAAUGAAAGGUAAAGUGGAGAUAUCAUCUUCUCAAGAACUCAAACAUCUCAUUGAGGAAUCACAAAUCUAAUUAACUUAAGUUGGUAUAAGUUUUAAAGUAAAAGUUAAGGAGUGGCAAUAAAUGGCCAUUUUAUAAAGUAUGAGAAUGUAAUGAUGAUUGGAACAAGUGGAGGAUCAGCAUUGUUGUGUUUGAAGGCUGAAGGACAGGAGGAUGAAGAUGAUGGACAGAUUGGAUCCACAGUCAUUUAAUAAUUGAAUGCUCAACAAGCAGGAAUAAAUAUUCAAGGCAGUUUGACAGUUCAAAUUUGGUGUGAGUCAAGGGAUGAUUUUGUCAAAGAGUUCAAGAGACUGUAACAAGAAUGCAUAAAAGAAAAGCCAUUAGAAUAGAUAUUGAGUAGUGAUGAGGAAGAAGAAGACGAAGAAGAAAUGGAGUAAUAAAUGGAGAUAGAAUGAUAUAUAUAGAUAUAUUCUUAUUCUUAUUUUG